UUUUCAUUUGCUAAUGAAAUAUGGUGUCCAUGUUUUAUAUAUUAACCAUAUAAACCAUGUAAAGAGAACACCUGACAGGUUGCAUGGCAGCAGGACUAUACAGGAUUAUACAGAUUUUUGCCUGCAUGUUAGGAGUAACUUGGUAAAGACUACGUCAUCGGGUGAUCCCUUAUAAUUGCGUGUGUGAACAGGAAUCUCCAAGAGCAUAACAUUUACAGAUCUGCCACCUUAUAUAGCCUAGCACUGAAAAAGCAGUGGGUUUAUUUAACCUUACACGUGGCUCAUCUCCCUGAGCUGCACUUUAGGACAGAGGGUUGCCAAGCAUGGAAGGAAAAGUCUUGAGAGACACGCAGGGUUGCGUUAUUAUGUCUUGUAUCUGGAGUAUGCUACGUGUCAGUAGGUGGUGAGGGAAGCCCGUUGCUUUUAUAACGCACGCGACGCCCACCCGCGCACCUUGCGCUUGCUUACGUGUGUUGCGCUGGCACGAGGACGCGUAUUAAAACUACACGAGCACGCACAAGCAGGGAUCAUUCCUCCCAAGCGCUCUGCGAGAAGCUUCAAAUGAAGUUUGCUUCUGGAAGUAGUCCAUUUUGCUGUCGCGUGCUGACAUCUGUCCAUCCGAAAGGAGAUGCUGCGGCUCCAGAUGACACCGAUCUCCCUCUACACCCACAUACGUACCCCUUGGACGAGCCUUCCCCCUACACUGAGAGCAGCACCGAGGCUCUUACUGGCUAUGAGCAUCUGGAGCCUAAAAAUUACAUAGAGCACGUAAGGUCUGCUCCCCAAGCUGUGAGUCCAAGGAUCGAGAUCACGCCAUCACGUGAGCAUCACAGCCAUGGGCACAACUCACUCCAUGACCCGCUGGUGAAUGCCAGCCCCAGGCCUACGCUCACUGUGCCCGGUCUGGACUGUGCCAUCUACCGUGAGCCUCUGUGCCUGAGCCCAGCCAGCAGCAACUCCUCGGCCUCCUGGCACUCUGAGACUUACUCGCCCUUCGCAUCACCCUGUGUGUCCCCAGGUAGUGGGCAGGCUGUGGCUGGAGAGCUGUGUCCUCGCUUCCAAAACAUCCACACGGGCUCCCCUCGCACCAGCCCAGGUACGUCACCCCGCACCAGCCUGGCUGAGGAGCGCUCUUCAUCCCCGAGGCCCGGUUCUCGCUCUGCAUCGCCUCAGGGCAAACGCACCUACGACAUGUACAGGAAUCCAAAUCUGGUGGCUGCGGCUCGAUCACGAAGUCCUUCACCACAUGGCAGCCAUAAUGACCGUCAUUCCAGCACCCAUUAUGGCUCCAACAGCGUGACAGAGGUUGUUAACGGGUUUGGGCAGGGGUCAGUACCCACAAAAAUUGUGAGAAACAACCAGCCAGCCUACUAUACAUCUCCAGACAGCCAUGGAGAGAGCUACCUGGUGGAACAAGAUGUCAAGACCAAAGCAGAGCCAUACUUUGUCAUUCCAACAAUCUGGUCCAAGCAGCUGGUGCCUGGAAUCUGCAGCAUUCCUAUUACCUCUCUGCCUCCUCUGGAGUGGCCUCUGCCCAGCCGCACAGACCAAUAUGAGCUGCACAUUGAGGUGCAGCCCAAACCACACCACAGGGCACACUACGAGACCGAGGGCAGCCGGGGGGCUGUUAAAGCUCCUACUGGUGGGCACCCAGUGGUCCAGCUUCAUGGAUACAGAGGCAAAGAGCCGCUGGGGCUGCAGAUCUUCAUCGGCACGGCAGACGAGCGGAUCCUGAAGCCCCACGCCUUCUACCAGGUGCACCGUAUCACAGGCAAAACUGUGACCACGACCAGCUACGAGAAGAUUAUCAAUAGCACAAAGGUGUUAGAGAUCCCUCUAGAGCCAAAGAACAACAUGAAAGCAAUAAUCGACUGCGCUGGGAUUCUGAAGCUCAGGAAUGCAGAUAUAGAGCUGCGGAAAGGCGAGACAGACAUUGGGCGGAAAAAUACCCGCGUGCGACUGGUGUUCCGCAUCCACAUUCCCCAGCCAGGGGGUCAAUACGUGUCUCUCCAAGUGGCCUCUCAUCCUAUUGAGUGUUCCCAAAGAUCUGCACACGAGCUGCCCAUGGUGGAGAAGCAGGACAUGGACAGCUGUUCAGUGCUCGGAGGUCAGCAGAUGAUCCUGACUGGGCAGAAUUUCAGUGCUGACUCGAAAGUUAUUUUUACUGAGAAGACCCAUGAUGGGCAGCAAAUUUGGGAGUUGGAAGCCACAGUUGACAAAGACAAAAGCCAGACAAGCAUGCUGUUUGUUGAAGUGCCUCCUUAUAGAGACCCAGCCAUCUGCCAUCCUGCUAAGGUGAACUUCUAUGUGAUCAAUGGAAAGCGAAAACGCAGUCAGCCUCAGCACUUCACGUAUACACCUCUGCCAGUUUCCUCCAUCAAAACAGAACCACUGGAUGAAUAUGAACCUGGACAAAUUGGAUAUAUGAUGUCCCAGACCUUGGGAGUUUCCCCACACUCCUAUUACCAUCACAACCCCCGUUCAGUCCUCAGCUCGGAUAAUGGCUUACUCCCCAACUUGGCUUCCUGUCACCAGAAUCAUUCAGGAAUCUCCCCUUCAGAACCCUGCUUUCAGCAGCACAUUGUCUAUCCCCGCGCUGAGAAGAAUGUAGGGCCCAGCUUAUACAUCCAAACGGGAGUCAUGGUGCCAGAAGCCCAUCGUUCUGUCCUGGUCCAUACUGGUUCCCCAGCCAAGUCCUCUCAGUUGAUUGGACAGCAUCCUGUCAUCCAGUUUUCCCCCACCAACAAUCACUUGUUGAGAGGAGGGGGAAAUAUUACUCCACCAGACCAGGAACAUCAGAACCUCUAUUGUGAGGGCUACAGCCCGCAAGGAACUCAGACAGCAGUGGCUUCACAUUCUCCUGCUCCAGCACAAGCCCCCCAAACCCAGCAUUACCCCACGGUCAUUCAGCAACAGCCCUACACAAACAGGCUUCCAAAGGACAGGUCCCCUCCUGGGCAAGUCCAUCCACAAAGAUGUUCCUCUGCUGAGGAACAGAGAGCCUCUCUUCCUGGACGAGUCACUGUCAAGCAGGAGAACCUGGACCAGGCCUACCUGGAUGAUGUUAAUGAGAUCAUAAGGAAGGAUCUGACAGGAGUGCACGGCCGUGGACAAACAUAAAGGAAAGGAUGCCACAGGAAGUGUGUGGGACUUGCAGCAGUGCCUUCUUCUCUCUGAAUCAGUUUGCAGUUUGCAGGCACUGUCACCAGCACUUACUUGGACUAUUUCCAUUUUGAAAUAUUUUUGACCUCAGAACCUUUUGAUGCCAAGUAGAUUAUGCUUCAUAGCCCAGGCAAACAAAUACCUUCUAAACCAGCUUUUAAAGCAGCAGUGUGUUCAUUUUUAAAGGCUUUGUAUUUUCAAAAUCUAGCAGUGACUGCUCAUGAAAUACGGUCAUGGUUGACCUCGUUUGUCAGUUGUCAGUGUCUUAUGCUCUCAUAGCCUUAAAAAUGAUUUAGACUGGAUAAAAUGAGUUAAAUCCAUUUUAUUCUUCUGUGAUUUCAUAUUUCAUAGCUCACUUUGGUAAACUCUCAGUUUAAUACAUCUGGAACAGUUGAUUCGUUUUGAAAGGCUGUGUAUCUACCGGUGUCGUGUCUGUCAAAUUCUCAAAAACAUUGCAUUCAUUAUUAAAGAAAAUCUGAUUGAGAUUAUUUGAGACAGUCAGACAGUUUACGAGUGAUACUUUAGAGAAUUCGUUACUUAAAUAGACAAAUUGCAGUCCUUACUUUUGAUAAAAUUAUACCAUUUUUUUAAAAUCAAAUUUUCAUUAUGAUAAAAGCCUCAAUAUUUUUUUUUUAAAUUGCAACUAAAUGCACUGUUCUCACAGAGAAUCUUUUAAUGCAAAGUGUGCACUUCUUGCCAGUGAUUUAUAUUGACUUGUAUAUAGUUUCACUCAAAAUUGGAUUUUUAUUGCCAAGAUGUAAUUAGAUAUUUUUACAACUUCUGUACAUUUUCUUCUAAUAGGGAUUGAGAGGAUACUGUAUAUCUACACACAACUCCAGAAGAAAAACACAGAGCUGAAUUUAUUUUUCUCUAGCAAACUAUAUUAUGAUGUCUUGUGCCUUUAGCUAAGAAGCUGUAAGCAAAACUUUGAAAGCAGUUUACAGAUAAGCAGAACAAUGUAUUCUCGGUUUCAUAUCUUACAGAGCCUAACGUGUCUUGCACUACAUUCAGACUCUAACAUCAUCUGGGGUUCUCUAGUUCAUCUUGUGCUUUGUAUUUCUAUCUGUUGUCUUACUGAUACUGCUACAUCUCUGACUUUUUAUUAUUUUUAUAUUGCUAUUUACAACAGUUUUAUAAAAUCCACGGCUUGCACAUGAGGUUUCCUUUUUAGAAAUGUUUGUUUUAAUAUAUCUUUUUACUAACUACUAGUAUGGUUAUUGUGUUUCAUCUCAGAGUUGGUUUUUGCCAUAAAUAAUAUGCUGAGCAUAUGAUAUGACAGUUUUAAUUGAUUUUUAUCAUCUAAAUUCAAGACUUUAAAUAUAGUGAUGUCCUCUAAAUUCAUCACAUUUAUUAACCAAAAAUGUUUUGUUACAUUAAAAAAAAAAUCUCUCAAAGGCAAUAUAGGGAAUAUGAGAUGUGAAAUUUGACAUACUUCUGGCAAGAGUAUUGUAUUGUGUAUCCAUACAUUUUUGGCAGAAUUAUUUCGUUAUUGUUUAAUUAUAUAUACAGACGGGUGACAACUGACUGAUCACCUUUAUCCCAUCAUGCAACAUUUCUGUCCUGAUGGAAGUGGUCUCUUCCAGCAUGACUCUGCCCCAUCGGCAGGGCACGAGUGCUCCCUGAAUGGGUUAGUGAGUAUGAAAAUGAUAUAAAUCCCAUCCCAACUGAUCAUCUAUGGGAGAUUUUGGACUGACAUGUUAGACAGUGCGCUCCUCCACCAUCAUCCAAACACCAACUAAGUGAACUUUUUGUGGAAGUAUGAUGUGCAUUCCUCUAAAUGCAGUUCCAGAGACUUGUAGUAUCUAUGCCAAGGCACAUCAAAGCUAUUCUGGUGGCUUGUGAUGACCCAACACUUUACUAAGACACUUUAUUUUGGUUUUUCAUUUUACCUUUUCGCCCGUCUGUAUAUAUACAAUAUAUAUUUUUUUACUAGAGCCAUUAUCUAAGCAUGAUGCUCAGAACAUCAUGGCAAACCCCUGAAUGUAGACUCAUUUUUAACUGUAAAUAAGCUUGCCUAAAUAUGUAUAAAAUAUUUCUUUUACUUCUACUCUACUCUGUUACAUUUUAUGACUAGUCAAUCGGAAGUAGAGAAAAAUCUUUAUCUUUAGAGACAAAUCAUUUUAUGAACCAAAUCAAUCGGUUUCUUGCCAUUUACCAUCAUGUACCCAUCGUUGUAGUAAUAAUAUAUGAACUGCAAAAUAGGUCAGCUAUUUUAUUAGAUUAAUAUAAGAUAAUACCAAUAUUUGCCAAAGAGAAGCUGUUAUAUCUUUUGUAAGCUUCAUGUAAAGGCUUUAUACCUGCCAGUUUUACUUAAUCCAGUCAUGCGGUGAAUGUUUAAUAGUUGAUGUCUGUCAAGAACAUAAGCAAUAAAUCUGAUUGAAGAGAUGUU